GCUGGCUUCCCUUUCCAUUCUCCCGGGAAAGGCAAGGCGGAGCGGGGCCGGUUGCACCGCCGCCACCGGGGAAGGACCCGCCGUCGUCUUCUUCCUCCUCCUCCUCCUCUUCCUCCUCUUCCUCGGCCCCCCCCUUGGGCUUUCUGGACUAGAUGGAGCGUGAUUUGGAGUCCGACCUGGACCGCACCCUGAGUCCGCUGCUGAGCCAGGAGACAUUUCAGGACCUGUGGGGUUCCUUGGAGGCGACAGACUCAACAGGUUUCCUGGACCCGGGCAACAUGCCAAGACCGAUGGGCUUCAGCGACCUGGGUUUUUGUCCUUUGUACGUGCAGGCGGAGAACAUCCCGGAGGUGGGCGGAGACCGUGCUGACCUCCCCCAGCCAGGUCACCCGGCCAGCGACCCUCUCCCGGAUCCAGCAGCCCCCGCGGCCGCUCCCGCCGUCCCCUGCACCGAGGACUACGUCGGCGAGCACGGGUUUGAGCUGGCUUUCGAGACGUCCGGCAUGGCGAAAUCCGUCACGUGCACAUACUCACCAGAUCUGAAUAAGCUGUUCUGCCAACUUGCUAAGACAUGCCCGGUCCAUAUUAAAGUGUCGGCCUCGCCGCCGGCCGACGCCGUCAUCCGCACCAUGGCCGUGUACAAGAAGUCUGAGCACAUUGCCGAUGUGGUGAAGCGCUGCCCGCACCACGAGCGAUCCCCCGACUUCAAGGAUGGUACAGCGCCUGCUGAACAUCUGAUCCGAGUGGAAGCCAAUCCGCAGGCUAAGUACAUCUCGGACACCGCGAGCAAGCGCCACAGCGUCACCGUUCCUUACGAGCAGCCUCAGCUGGGAACGGACAGCACCACCAUCUUGUACAACUUCAUGUGCAACAGCUCCUGCAUGGGAGGCAUGAACCGGCGCCCCAUCUUGACCAUCGUCACUUUGGAGACCCCUCUGGGUAUGAUUCUCGGACGCCGCUCCUUUGAAGUCCGGGUUUGCGCCUGCCCCGGACGGGACCGCCGGACCGAAGAGGAAAACCUGAAGAAAACAACAAAUUCCAGAAGGGAAUCCAAAAAGGCUGUUGCACAGAGCAGCAGUUCUGAAAGCACCAAGCGGUCCUCCGCAGAAACGUCUGGCAAUAACAACGAGAGCGGGCCGUACACCCUCCAGGUUCGCAACUUGAAGCACUACAAGAUUUUGGAGUACCUGCUCAAAGCCAUGGAGUCAUUUGACUCGAAGCAGCAGCAGCAACCGCCACAGCCGCAGGGAGAAUCGGAACAGCAGGGGGAGCCGGAGAGCCGGUCUAGUCUUCUGAAGGCCCGGAAACAAGACGGUGGUCAAAGUUCGUCCAGCGAAGGGCCGUCCAGGGUGAAGAAGCGAAAGGUGAAAGAGGAGACGCUGGAUUCCGACUAGCAACCCCUGUGCGCCUUCCCCUCCCCUCCUCCUUUGGCUAGUUGAGCCUUAUUCCUCCCUUCUCGACCCCGAUCCUUUCCCCUGUUCCACAGUAUGUCUUUUUAAAGCAGUAUUUACGGAAUAAACAUUCAGAAGAAGACGGCGACACUCAAUGGCUGCAGAACACAGGGAAGUUAAAUAUUUUGGAUGGCCGAACAGAAAAAAAGGCGAAAGGAAAAACUUCCAGGAGUUGCCGUCCAAACUACAGUGGUGCCUCGCUUAGCGAUUGCUUCGUUUAACGAUGUAUUCGCUUUGCGAUGGGUUUCUUUGAGGAA